AUGAAGCUUUCUCUCGUCUUCACCGCGCUUGCAUCCAUGGUGGUUCUUGCUACGGCGUUCCCUGUGGACGGAGCCAUUGCGAAACGUUCUUAUGCAGAGAACCGCGCCGAACUUCUAUCAUAUGUAGGGAAGCGCGAGGAGCUCGACGCUGACCACAAGAAGCAUCCUCAUGGUGCGGAAAAGCGCGAGGAGCUCGACGCUGGCCACAAGAAGCAUCCCCAUGGUGCGGAAAAGCGCGAGGAGCUCGACGCUGACCACAAGAAGCAUCCCCAUGGUGCGGAAAAGCGCGAGGAGCUCGACGCUGACCGGAAGAAGCAUCCCCAUGGUGAGAGGAAGCGCGAGGAGCUCGACGCUGACCGGAAGAAGCAUCCUCAUGGUGCGGAAAAGCGCGAGGAAGAUGAUUCUGACCACCGCCACCACCACCCUCACGAGGGGAAGCGGGAGGAAGAUGAUUCCGACCACCACCCACACCACCCUCACGCGAAGCGCGAGGAAGAUGAUUCUGACCACCGCCACCACCACCCUCACGAGGGGAAGCGGGAGGAAGAUGAUUCCGACCACCACCCACACCACCCUCACGCGAAGCGCGAGGAAGAUGAUUCUGACCACCGCCACCACCAUCCUCACGAGGGGAAGCGUGAGGAGGCUGAUUCCGACCACCACCCUCACCACCCUCACGCGAAGCGCGAGGAAGAUGAUUCUGACCACCGCCACCACCAUCCUCACGAGGGGAAGCGUGAGGAGGCUGAUUCCGACCACCGCCACCAUCACCCUCACGAGGGGAAACGUGAGGAAGAUGAUGCCGACCACCGCCACCACCCUCACGGUGAGAAGCGUGAGGAGCUUGACACCGGUGACUUCAAUUAA